UGGCGGGGACUACUUAACUAUUGAACAUGAACGUAGCAUAACUUCCGCUUUGUCUACGUGCGGCGGCCAUAUUACACUUCCGUGCUUCAAGGGUAUCUGAAGACAUCAGGCUAGGCAAUAUGUACCGGUUUGCUAAAGCUGCAGUGAACAUCAGCGGCCAGGCCAUGCGGCAGGUGAGGCAUGGAUCCAACCUCCCCCAGAACUUCCACUCAAAGUACGGUGCCGGUGUGUUGGUCAGUGGAGCCAUCUUCUGCACAGCCGUGUGGGGAUACGUGCUAACUUCGACUGGCAUCACCUGGAAUCUGUCACCUGUCGGGAAGCUCCAGCCCAAACCGUGGAGAGAGGAAUGAAGAGGUGCCAUGACAGAGCUACCUUCCAUCCAACCCUUCUGUUUGUACAGAUGAAUAAAAUAUCUGCGUGUUCAGACAGCAAAUGCUCUUGUUUAUUCCAACAUGUUUCUUUGUCCAAAUAAAUUAAGUGUGAUUCUACUGACUCCAUCUGUUUGAAUAAAGUUAUUAGUUGGCUUGA